AUGGAUCCGACGAAUGCGAAUGCCGUCGCAGGGCCGUCUCGCCUACCCGCCCAGCAGGACGAUGUACCCGCACCAGCACCAGCACCAGCACCAGCACCAGCACCAGCACCAGCAUCGGUCCCUGUCCCCGCACCCACGACGUCCGAUCCAACGGUCACCACAGCGACCAAAACUGCGCCGGAGAGUAAUGCCAGCAGCAGCAGCAGGGGGCCCAAGAUCGUGCCGACCGUCAUCGAUUCGGACGGACUGAGGGUCGUGCCUAAUCUCUUUGAGCUUUGUCAGGUCAACGAUCUCAUCAGUCUAAUAGGUGAGUUUUCUUCAUGCUCCCAAGUCUUUUUCCUCGACUCUGAUGCUGCAGUAUCCCCCGCAGCUUCCAUGCUGGACCGCCUGAUCCAGCACAACGACCGGAUCCCGUUGACGCCCUCAUCGCUCACACGGUUCCAUUCGAGGGCCCCACCUUCGAUCAACGUCAAGGACUACCUCGUGCGGAUAGCCAGGUACACCAAUGUCGAACCGUGCUGUCUGUUGAUCCUAUUACCCUACGUCGACAAAGGUGCGCAUCAGCCAAUGAAUGCGCGGGGCGGGGGCAGCCGCAACCUUCUUCCCAUGUUCGUCACUUUGGCACGCAAGGCUCAUACCGAAGGUCCUCUCUUUUUUCUGUCUCCUGAUACACAGUUUGCGCGAGAAUGACGACCUUCACCAUCUCAUCCCUGACCGUGCAUCGGUUCAUCAUCGCCGGCGUCAGCGUCGGUUCCAAAGCGCUCAGCGACAGUUUCUGCACCAAUGGUCGCUAUGCCCGCGUUGGUGGCGUCGGUGUCGCCGAGAUGAACCUGUUGGAGAAGGAACUAUGUGAAGCCAUCGAUUGGCGGUUAACGGUGCGUGUGUGCGUAGUGGCUCGAGGUGAUCGUCGCAAGGGGAGGUCCCGCUCACGUGACUGAUGGGGUCCGGCUCUUGUUCAAAUGAUGAGCAGACCACGGGGACCGUCUUGGCGCACUAUUAUACAUCCCUCGUCACUUCGCACCCACAGUACCGCUUGGCGUCACCUUUACCAACACCUAUGGCCUCAACACCGACACCGGCAUCUGCAGGCUCGGUUCCAUCAGGCUCGACCCCGCCAUCCACUUCUCUUGCCUCGCACGGAAUUACAUCACCGCCCACUAUCAACUCUCCUGCCCCUUCAAUCCGUGGCAUCCACUCCUCCACCUCACCUACCCCAAUGGACCAAGACGGAUCCUCCUCACCCCUCCGACCCAUCGACCACUCCACCACCCCUUCCUCCGUCGCCACAACCACCGCAGCAGCUUCUUCUACCGUCCCCGCCUCCCUCUCAUCUCUCACUCCAUCCCCCGUCGAUUCAACCUCUGUCGCAGCACCAUCUAGGGUCCUCCUACCGCAAGGUCUCGCACGACAUCUUCUCAACGAGCGCUCCGCCGCGGCCUCGGCCUCCGCAGCGAGCGCUUUAGUCGAUCCUUCUCACUCCAUUCCCUCAUCUACCUCAUACGACGCACCCGUCGUGGGUCCUUCACCCGCCUUGAUUCCCGCACCAAAGGAUAAGAGAAGCAAAGCCACCGCAUCGAACUUACCUAGUCCAGUAAGGUCAGCGACGAUGUCGAUGGGGGACCCACCUCCCGAUCAGGAGAUUUUGGGAACGGUGGGGGAUACGGGUACGAGGGAGUUGUUGAAGAGGUUGGAAGCGAGUACGGCGAAGGCGAGGGUUAUGGCGCCGAGUUCGCCGGAUGGUGAGGGGGUGAGGGGAGGGGGGAUGAGAGGAUGUCGGUGGAUGUCGGUGGAUGAUGAGAAUCGGGGGGAGAGUGAUGAGGAGCUGGAUGAUGAGCUCGGCGGGGAGGGAGUGAUCGAAGGAGAGGUCAACAGUUUCCCUCCGGGUACACCUAUCGAUUCUUACAUGACCUCUUUCAACAAUACAUCUCCAACUUCGACGUCCUCUUCCCCCGAUAUGACCUAUCCAACAAGUCGGAUCGAAGCAGUCCCUUCGACCGCUUUGGAAACAACAACAACGACGACGACCGCGGGAAAGAGGACCGCCUCGCAUAGCCCUUAUCAGACCUCACCUUCGGCGCAAGCAACGACGUGUAGUGCGACAGGCGAGGGUACGAGGAGUCGUAAGGUGUUGAUGACGUCUUCUUGA